UAUUGGCUCGUGCGUGCGGUGCACCUCGCGCACCUGGCCACGGAGUACGGCGCGCUGGAACGGAAGGGCGAGAUGUAUGUGCCCGAUGAGCCGUACAGCCUGUAUGAAGGCGUCGCGGGGAUGUGCUGUGCGUGGGCGGAGGUGCUCGUGAGGCUU